UUUAAAAAGUCACACAUGCGACUACACUCUUUUUUCUGCGACUUUUUGCUUGUUCAGUGUCCUAAGCAAAAAAUAAAAAUCUUGCUUACCAAAGAAAAAAGUGAUUUUUGACUUGCAGUGGUCAGAGAUUUAUCAAGGGCGAAAGUCGCAAAAAAAUCGCAUCACAUUAAAAAACCUGCUAAAUUUACUCCAUCUCAGACAUGGAGCAGAAAAAGCCACUACCAAAGCAAAAAAAGAAAACUUGCUUACGUGAAAGAAAUUUAUCAACAGGCUGAAAGCAGUUGAUAAAUAAGUCGCACAUAAGCAAAAAAAUAACUAAAAAAAAGAAUACAUAAGCAAACAUUGAUAAAUGUCCCCCAUUGUGAUUCUAGCACCCACAGAAAGAAUAUACUUGUCUGUUCUAAUUCAGCGAGUGGAGAUUCCGCAGUGUGAACGCACCCUAAUGCAGAAUCUGCUCAGAAAUGCAUUGCCGUCUAUGAAGACAGUGCAUUUCAGAGAGGUCCUAGUGCAGGCAUGUUCUGCUGGUAACUGCUGUCUGUGGAAUGUACACUCUGAAAGCGUUUGAACAUGGCCUAAAAGCUACAGACACUGUUGGACCAUAACAUAGCCAGCUACUGUGCCCCAUAACAGGAUCAGACUCUAGUGCCAGAUACAUACCUCCCAACUGUCCCGGAUCCAGCAGGACAUUCCUGCUUUUGGGUUAAAUGUGGAGCUCAGUGGAAAGUUUGACAGGGUGAAGAGGCAUUGGCUCAUCACCCUGUCAAUCACUCUUGUGCCCGUUCAGUUCUCAAGUAAAGUCAUCAGGCACCGAAGCGCAAAGAAAGAAGAGGACGUACUAAGAAAGCCGUCGUGAAGAAGACAAAAGAGCCGCAGAAAGUAUGGGGGGGGAGUUGCGCUACUGCCCCUGCCUACUAUGGGGGACACUGUUGCCUAAUUUAGGGGUACUGCCGCCUAAUAUGGGGGACACUGCCGCCCACUAUGGGGGAACUGCCGCCUUCUAUGGGAUAACUAGUGCCUACUAUAGGGGAAAUGCAGCCUACUAUGGGGAAAAUGUUGCCUAUUAUGGGGAAAUCUGCUGGCUACUAUGGGGGAAUCUGCCGCCUACGAUGGAGGUACUGCCACCUACUGUAGGGGAAACACAGCCUACAAUGGGGAAAACCACUGCCUACUAUGGGGUUACUGCUGCCUACUAUGGGGGAAACUGCUACCUACUAUGCGAGAAACUGCUGCCAACCUAAUGUAGGGGACAUCUGCUGCCUACCUAAUGUGGGGGACUUCUACUGCCUACCUAAUGUGGGGGACAUCUGCCUACCUAAUGUGGGGGACAUCUGCUGCCUACCUAAUGUCGGGGACAUCUGUUGCUACCCAUUCUACUAAGGGGGGCAUUAUUACAGUUUGGCCAUUAUAGUUAUUGGAAAGCCUAAAAAAAAAUUCCUGCCAUGUUCUCCAAAGAUGAGUCGUAGCCGUUAGAAAUCAUCAUGUGGGCCUGAGCUAGAGAACAAACGGGGAAAGUGAACGACUCCGAUCAGGGAAGACGUCCCAUGAUAUAACUGUAUGUAAUCACUUAUAUAGUCUGUAGUGGUAAUGAUGGUGGUUGUUGUCAGUCACCUGAUAUAACUGUAUGUAAUCACUUUGGGGGGCAUUUACUAAACUCUGACUAGAUAGUUUGUUUUUUACCCGUUUUUUUCUAACUUUCUUUUUGCGUCCGUGUGACAAAUUUACUAAAUUGUCGCACGAGCUUAGUAAAUUUGUCGCACGUAGGCAAAAGUGGGAAAUUUACUUCAGAUAGUCGUUUAAAUAGUCAGCAUUCUUCCCUGGCUUUGUGAGCAGCCCUGCCUUUGCAGACGCUGUCCUUUUGAGCUGUUUAAAGGGAAAGUUUGCAUUUUGGAGUGCUAACAUGGCGCAGGUUGCCUCAAAAAGAAAGGCUAAAACUAAAAAUCUUGUACCUACUCCUUCUGCGGUUGUCCAAAUAUUAGAGAGUAUGUCAGGGCCCACAGCUACUCUUGAUCAGGAUGCAGGUUCCUCCAUUCCACCUUCUUCUGAUUUGUCUGAUGUUGAAGCCUCUGGGGUCCAUUCAAUGAGGCGUAGUCGUGCCAUUAAGAAGAAAAAUUACACCGAUCAGGAGAUGGAGGUCCUUGUAGAUGAGGUUAUUGAAAAUUACAAGAUCCUUUUCCCGGGCAAAAAUGAUAAGUGCCCCAUGGUUAUCCGAAACGCGGCACGGUCCAAUAUAAUGCAGAAAGUGAAUGCACUGGGAAUUUGUAAGCGAACUGUGCCUGAAUUGAAAAAAAAAUGGUUAGACUUAAAAAAAAAAAGUGAAGGCCAAAUUAGCUGUCAUAGCGAGAUAUGCCCGCCAGACAGGCGGUGGUCCAUCAUGCCCUGAAAAAUUAACCCUGUUUGAGGAAAAGGUGGGCUCGACAUGUCAUUGGGAACAGAUAGAAGGGUUCGGAGAGGCCGAUGUAUGCAUGCAAGCAAUAUCAUCAUUUCACAUCCAGAGUCAAGAAUCUACCGCUGAAAAUGUGGAAGAAGAAAUUGCAGGCGAAAAUUCAGAACAUGCACACUCUGAGGCUGUGAUGGGCCAAGAGGACAUUGGUGUUGGUGACGAAAAUGUGCCAUGUCACAGAGAGGAGCUAUUGUUACCCAGUGAUUUGGGUCUAAGUGCAAAUCAAACAACCUACAUAAAUGAUUAUACGAACCAACAUUUGCAAUUCAUGACCAGGGUAGAUCGUCGCUUUGAGGACCUUCAACUGGGCAUGAAUAAGUUAGCGGACGCUUAUUUGACUGGUUCCAAUCAGAUCCAAAAGGGUCUAAAUCAAAUUGCCCAGAUCUUACAGGAAACCCCCCCAAAAAACAAUGCAAAUGUAGCAUCAAGGGCAACAAAUAGACCACCAACAGGGCAAAACACUGAACCUGAAAAUGUAGACUCACAUAUACUCCAAGUAUCGCCUUCGUCAGAACAAACUAACAUUAGUGCCACAUCCAUAACCACAGUAAGGUCCAAUGCCACACAUAGUAUUAGUUCGGGGGAAUCGAUUUUGGAGGAUGACGAUAGCUCAUCUGGCCAACCAAUCGAUUUAACUUUACCCCUUCCCCAACUGGCUACUUUUCCUAAUCAAAAUGACUUAAAUAUGUAUAAUUUUGCACAUUGCAGUUCGUCCGCACAUUUUUUGAUCUCAUGUAAGAAAGAACUUGCAAUGGAAGACGUUGCUGUUAACUCGGACUCAGUAGCCCCCCACACUUUGGCAUUGAAAAAAAAGUUAGGUCCAGGCCAUCAGGCUCAAAAUAGAUCACAACCCCCCCCCCCCCCAAACAAAAAAGCUAAAAAAUAAUCCCUUUUAAAUUUGAAAUGAGGUGUGAUUGUUAGUGCUCUUUACAUUGUUUGUAUUUGGUUGUUAUAAUAAGUGUACGGCAAUGUUUUAACUAGAAAUAGUGUUUAGUUUUGAAUGGGGUCUCCAAUUACCAUAAAAACAUAAACACGGGCAUGACAAGUUUGUGACUAAUAAAUUUUACGACCCUAAGAUAUGGUGUGACAAUUU